UGCUUGACGGGACGGCUGUUGAAUGCAGCGAACUUGUUAUUCGCUUUCAAAGUGAUUUAUUCAUUUCUCUUGUUUUAUCACUAUGAAAACUGUGUUAAUUCUGUAACCAUGUUGAAUCAAACAUCCACUGAAGCAUUGCUCUCAGCGACUUACGUCGAAAAUUACUUAGAUUGUGUUGAAAAUCUUCCGAAUGACCUGCAAAGACAUUUAUCGCGUAUGCGAGAGCUUGACGUAACAUACAGAGAAUGUCUUCGUGAAGCUGAGAAGCAUCUGGCAGUAUGCAUAGGAGCCAACACAGAGGAGCGUCGCCGCAGCAGGGCAGCUCAGCGGCUGCAGACAGUGCUGGUGGCUGCUCAGGAGAUUGGUGAUGAGAAACUACAAGUUGUUCAGAUACUGCAAGACCUCAUCGACAACAAGCAACGCUCACUGGAUGCAGAUCACAAGAAAUUAAUAUCUUGUCUGGAGGUGAAGACAAAUGGUACAGUGAAGGAAGAGCCAGCUCCCGUUCCGGAGACUCUUCGGAACACAGAGAAGGAAGUUCCACCACCAGCACCGGCACCACAGCAUGCGCCACCACCACCACCGCCUGAACGCACCACUGAGAAAGAGAAAGAAAAAGUGGACAGAGACAAGUCAGGCGGUGAGCGAUGGUCGAAACGCGCGCGCCGGUCACGAACAACGGCGGGUGCGGCUACUGAUGGAGCUGACUCAAGCGAGCGGGACAGUGAGCGGCAUGCUCACAAUACUACCCACAAGAAAGGUAUAGGCAAAAAGAAAAAGCGCAAAGCACGCCAGGCCGCACAACGUUCAGAAACUCCGCCUGAAGAGACAGACGCUAUUGACCCCGACGAGCCACGCUACUGUCUCUGUGAUCAGAUAUCAUUCGGAGAGAUGAUCCUCUGUGACAACGACCUCUGUCCUAUAGAGUGGUUCCACUUCUCCUGCGUCUCACUCACAACCAAGCCUAAAGGCAAAUGGUUCUGUCCCAAGUGCCGCGGUGACCGACCAAACGUCAUGAAACCUAAAGGACAAUUCUUAAAAGAACUAGAACGGUAUAACAGGGAGAAAGAAGAGAAAGCAUAGUCUUUAAUAGAAGUGUAGGUUUAAGGUUCAUGUGGAUUUGAAAUUAGUGAAUACAACUGCAAUAAUAUGAUGGUGCUUGUGGUAGAUAUCAAUUGUGAUAAGGUAUU